AUUCUCUUCACGUAUACUCAAAGCAAAUAAUGUCAGCGGAAAACAUUAGCAAUUUCAGGAAAUUUGGAAAGAAAAUCAUAUGUGUCGGUCGAAAUUAUAAGGCGCUAGCAGCCGAGCAGGGCAACCCGAUCCCUGAGAGCCCGAUCGUGUUCCUCAAGCCCACAACAUCCUACAUAGAGCCUGGACAAGAUAUCGUGAUUCCACCUGGCUGUAAUGAAUUUUUCCACGAGGUUGAGUUAGGCGUCGUCAUAGGGACACGCGCCAAGGACGUGGCGGAGAAUGACGUCAUGAAACAUGUAGCCGGAUACGCCCUCUGCCUAGACAUGACGGCCAUGGACUUCCAGCUGGCAGCAAAGGCGGACGGGCAGCCAUGGGCGCUCGCGAAGGGAUUCGACACCGCGUGCCCAGUGAGUGAGUUUAUCCCCAAGGAGAAGAUCCCCGACACCUCGGCCGCCCGCUUGUGGCUGAAGGUUGACGGCGACAUGAAGCAGGACAGCUCAACUUCCGACAUGAUAUUCCCCGUGCCGCAUGUGCUCAGCUACCUGAGCCGCUACUUCACUCUGGAGCCCGGUGAUAUCGUGUUGACGGGGUCGCCAGCGGGGGCUGGUCCUGUGUCACGUGACCAGGUCAUUGACGCGGGCCUGGAGGCUGGCGGUCAGGCUCUGACAUCCUUUACCUUUUCGGUGAAGUAAUAGAGUUUAACUCUUGUUGCUGUUUUUUUUAUCUAGUUUUCAAUUAGUUAUAUUGCUGUUAUGGUGUUUAAGGAAUAUGAAUGGUUUCCUACACCUCAUUUGGUACCUGAAUACUUGGAGUACAGCUAUGUCUGUCAACAGCACCUCCAUAUAGUUCAAAUGUUUUUGUGUGUGAAAAAAAUUCCACUUGUAAAAACUUA